CCUCAUUCUCACUCCCUACCCCUGUGUAGGUGCGCUGUGUGUGUUCGGAGUGUGUUUUCCCUUUUCUGUGGGACUCCUGAAUGGACUGAGUGCGCACUGACCCGCACUGCUGAGCCAAACAGGGAAAAAAACAGAGAAGGAAGGAAAGAAAGAAGGAAAAAGCGCGCAGACUGCCUGGCGGACUUGAGCUUGUUCUCUCACCCUGUUCUGUAGCCUCGGGUCUUGUUCUUGCACCCUGUCCUGUUGUCUUGAAGCUGCAGGCAGAUCAUGAUGUUCCUGCCGGGGAUGUAUGCGCUCAGCUUUGCGCUGCUGCUUGGUUGCGCUCAAUGCGCCCGCGAACAAAUCCCGACAGAAAAACUACUUGUCCUCACUGUCGCCACACAAGAGACUGAUGGCUUCCGCCGCUUCAUGCAGUCUGCAAAUUACUUCAAAUAUUCAGUGAAGGUUUUAGGGAUGGGUGAAGAAUGGAAGGGAGGAGACGUGGGACACUCCAUUGGUGGAGGACAGAAGGUCCGACUGCUCAAGGAAGCGAUGGAGGCUCUGGCUGACCAAGAAGAUCUGGUAAUCCUCUUUGUGGACAGCUAUGACCUCGUCCUCGCCGGAGGGCCAGAGGAGAUCUUGAGGAAGUUCCAGCAGAUGAACCAUAAGGUGGUGUUUGCUGCAGAGGGUGUGAUCUGGCCUGAUGCACACUUGGCAGAGAAGUACCCGCACGUCCGCAGUGGAAAGCGCUUCCUCAAUUCUGGAGGCUUUAUCGGCUACGCCCCGUACAUCACUAAGAUUGUGAAGCAGUGGCAGCUGCAUGACAACGAUGACGACCAGCUCUUUUACACGAAGAUCUACGUGGAUCCGCUGCAGAGAGAAAGUCUUAAUAUGACGCUGGACCACAAGUGCCAGAUAUUUCAGAAUCUAAAUGGAGCAGUGGAUGAAGUUCUGAUGAAGUUCGGGACAGAGAGAGUUCGGAUCAGAAACACCGUCCACGACAGUCUUCCCGUGGUCAUCCAUGGCAACAUAAACACCAAAAUUUAUUUUAACUACCUGGCUAAUUACGUCCCAAAUGCCUGGACCUACGAGCAAGGCUGUACCAUCUGUGACCAAGACAUGUUGGAUUUGUCUCAACUCGCAGAUUAUCCGAGAGUAAGGAUUGGAGUGUUUAUCGAGCAGCCGACGCCAUUCCUUCCAGAGUUCCUGCAGCGGCUCCUGACUCUGGAUUAUCCCAAAGAUAAACUGGAUGUCUUCUUCCAUAACACCGAGGUAUACCAUGAGAAGCACUUACAGGCGUUCUGGGAGGAGAACAAAAAUGUAUUCCAUAGUUUUAAUGUCGUCGGCCCUGAGGAGAUAUUGACCCAAGGAGAAGCAAGGAACCUGGGCAUGGACUUGUGUCGAAGAGAUCCUGAGUGUGACUACUAUUUCAGCAUCGAUGCUGAUGUCAUGCUCACAAACCGACAGACACUGAAGCUACUCAUAGAACAAAACAGAAAAAUGAUCGGACCUCUUGUCACCCGUCACAGCAAACUGUGGUCCAACUUCUGGGGAGCUCUGAGCUUGGACGGCUAUUACGCCCGCUCUGAGGACUACAUCGACAUCGUGCAGGGAAAGCGAGUUGGCGUGUGGAACAUUCCAUACAUGGCCCAUGUUUACCUCAUCAAAGGCGAGACGUUAAGGAACGAGCUGAAGGAGAGGAACGUUUUCGUCCUGGCGAAGCUCGAUCCUGACAUGGUUUUGUGUAGAAACGCCAGGGAGUUGACAAUACACAGAGAAAAAGACUCUCCUUCUCCGGAAUCAUUCCAUAUGCUCAGAUCCCCAAAGGGAGUUUUCAUGUACAUUACAAACCGUCAUGAGUUUGGAAGGCUUAUUUCUACGGCCAACUACAACACGUCCCACUUGAACAAUGAUUUAUGGCAAAUAUUUGAGAACCCAGUGGACUGGAGGGAGAAGUAUAUCCAUCCCAACUACACCCAGAUCUUCACAGAGAACCGUUUGGAACAGCCAUGUCCAGAUGUGUUCUGGUUCCCUGUGAUGUCUGAGCGAGGCUGUGAUGAGCUGGUGGAAGAGAUGGAGAACUUGGGCACUUGGUCAGGUGGAAAACACGAGGAUAAGCGCAUCGCUGGAGGAUACGAGAGCGUCCCCACUGAUGACAUCCACAUGAGACAGAUCGGCUAUGAAAAGGAGUGGCUGCACUUUAUCCGAGAGUUCAUCUCACCUGUCACGCUCAAGGUCUUCUCUGGAUAUUACACCAAGGGCUAUGCUCUCAUGAACUUUGUAGUGAAAUACACUCCUAACAGACAGGCCUAUUUGAAGCCUCAUCAUGACUCAUCCACCUUCACCAUCAACAUCGCGCUCAACCAUAAAGGCCUAGAUUUCGAGGGUGGAGGCUGCAGGUUCCACAGGUAUAACUGCUCGAUAGAGUCUCCAAGGAAAGGCUGGAGCUUCAUGCACCCAGGCAGACUAACGCAUCUUCAUGAAGGACUUCCCACCACCAGCGGCACACGCUACAUCGCAGUGUCCUUCAUCGACCCUUAAUUCCGUUCUCCGAAUGGCCGGUUUUUAGAUUCUGCGUGUCUGAUUUGUUGACUUUUUGUUCUUAUUCUAGAAAAGUUUUUCAUUUGCGCCUUUUGUGUCUUUUACUGCUGUGCAAAGAACAAAAUGAGUUCAGUCACCGAAGAUGCACACAGAUUACAGACAUACACACACACACACACACACACACACACACACACACACACACACACACACACACACACACACAGUUGCAAUAAUUAGGAUAGUUUUUAUUUUUAUUUUGGAACACAGUAGUGCUUGGGAAAUAAUCCCUUUCUUCCCUUUCUUAAAAACCUAUCAGUUAAAACCUAAAAUAUUUUUUUUUAGGUUUUGUAAUUCUGUUCAUCAAAUUAUUCAGGAGAGAAAACACCUGCUGUCAUUUUUAUUCAUCUCCAACUCAGAGAAAUAUAGUUUAUUUUAUUUUUAUCUCUGCAAAUUAACAAGCAGAGAAAUGACAACCAGAUUUGAUUAGAAUUCUGGUUGAACCGAAGUUCAUAAGAUUUUUACUUGAAGUGCUAAGUUUUCUGGAUGCAGCAUGAGCUUAGUUUGCAUUAAGUUAUAUUCUUGGUUGAAAAUACAUCAUUGAAAAUGUUUGGUCUAGGACUAGGCAGAGAACUGUAUGUACCCUGAAACUGGCCUAAAAUGCAAUACUGUAAAAACCCAAGGUCAAAACAUGUCCAUCACGUCCUCACUUCCGGAAUUGAACAUUGUGGAGAUGUCAGAUAUUUUACUUUCACUGAAAGUUGUUGCUUUUUGACUGAACGUUGAGCCUCAGCCGCAUCCAUCUGUUUUAACUUAUUUUAAAGAAAAAAAAAAUGUUAAAAAUGUAAUAAAUGAAGAUGUUUUAAAAAAAAAAAACAAAAAAAAAACAACAAAGCUGUUUCAUUUUUUUAAUUGUCACUCAACGCUUCAUUUGUAGAAAACGAGGCAAAAAGAAUGCUGUGGUGUGAAAUGAGCUGUACUGAAACUACAGAAAUGUGCAGUCACACGCCUGAGCCUUCAGCCGAAUCAACUCAUAAACGCACACCCACACACCAAGAAAUUCCACACCUCACACUUUUGCAGAAUGAUCAAAUACGUAACAUGUAGGUCGAUCGGGCAAAUGCGUAAAUUCUUCAAUCUGAUUGGUCAGAAGGUGUGUCAUUUUUCUAUACUUAAACUGUUUUUUUUUUUUUUUUUUUUUUUUUUUUUUUUAAAUACCCCUUUAUCUGAACUUUGUUUUAGCUGUGUAUCAAAUGUUACAUCUUAACCAAAGCAUCAAAAACCAUCUUUUUUUAAAUGUC